UCAGGCCUCUUCUCUGAAAACAGCAAAAUAAAACACUCCCCACACACUCUGAGGCUGUGCGGUGCACUGGUUUAAAGAUUGAUUUAUUCUCAUAAAGUUUCAUUUCAUACAUUCGGAGUGAAGAUUAUUAUUAUGUUGGGGACAAAUAAAUUGGUGAUCUGGGUGAUGACAGGUCUAUUUGCUGUCACCACUGUAUUCUUCAAUUUUUACAUCGUCUUGAUGAGUCUAUUGAGAUACAGGCAGAAAAAGCAGUGGAGUCCCAGUGAAACCAUCAUCAUGGCUCUGUCCUUGGCCAACGUGGCCCACCAGGUGGUCUGCUACAUCUGGAUGACCAUGGAUGAGGUGGACAUCAAGUGUCUCAUCGCUCCGACGUCCUACACCAUCGUUCUGCUCAUCAUCUUCAGCCUCAAGUUCACCAUCAUGUGGGACACCAGCUUCCUCACCUUCUACUACAGCACCAAGCUGGUGAACACGCCCAACGCCUGCUACACCCACAUCCAGACCACCAUCCUCAAGCACGUAACCUUGGGAGUUUUCCUCAUCCUGCUCUUAGGCCUGGGCACCUGUAUGCCAAUGUUUGUGGUGUUCCACGCUGACAACAAAACCAAGACGAACAAAGAUUGCGGCAUUUUGGUGCCCGACACCCAGCCUGGCCAAAUUUACGAAGUCAUCUAUCUGCUCCUUUCUGAUGUUUUCCCAGGGUUGCUCAUGGCGAAAUGCUGCAUCUCCAUCUCUUUGCACCUGGCCAUCCACCUCCGUAACAUGAAAGCUAGCAGCAACGGAGCCCACCGCCCAAAGCUGGGCUCUCAGAUGAGAGUGAUCCAGAUGGCUUUAUCUCUAGUGGCCAUCUUCACUGUCUUCCUUGUUGUUGACCUGUACGUGAACUACCAGAUAGCUGUGAACCACAAGAGCGCCAUCGGGCUCACGUUCCUUUUCACGUCCAUUUACACGACCGGCGCUGCCAUGGUGCUGAUCUACGGGAAAAAGACCAUGUGGAAACCUCUGAUUCACGACUUCAACGUGUGGCUGGAUAUAUUUCCUUGUCUGUCUUGUCUGAAGGUGCCUGAAGAAAAAGCUACACCCAGAAAUGAAGCUACACCCAGCGCUCCUGCAUAAGUAGAAAAGUGAAGUGAAGAAAAUGUGUUUCGCAAUCAGUAAUUGCAAUAUUUUUUUUCAUCUUUUGUGCUCGCAGUUUAACCCUUGCCUUACCGUCACCAUCUCUUUACAAUCUUCUUAAACCAACAAGCUUUUUAAGCUGGGUAACUGCCUCAUUAUCCAAAUCAUGAGCUCAUCUCACUACACCUUUGAACAUCCAUAUUUCACGAGUGCAAAUACUAGUCAGACCUGCAAAAUAGCUCCCGAGCAUUGCUUCCUGGACAUGAUGUAACUCUAUACCCA